AUGUCGGCCUGCAUUGCGGCUGGAAACACUGUAGUCCACAAACCUGCUCAGGUUUCUCCAUUGACGGCGUUGAAGUUUGCUGAACUCGCGACUAAAGCUGGAUUCCCACCCGGUUAGUACCUAAAAUAAUUUUUGAUCGAAAUUUUGUUUGUGACGUAACUUGGAAUUCAUUUUAGGCGUGAUCAACGUUCUCACUGGUACUGGCGGAAGCAUUGGGCAAGCUUUGGCGGAUCAUCCAAAGGUCCGCAAGCUCGGAUUUACCGGUUCAACUCCAGUCGGCAAGACGAUCAUGACAAGGUGAAUAUUUUUGAUUUUUCUUGGUUGAACUUUUAGGAAAUUGAAACUUUUUUGGUCUCCAAAUAUUCUAUGGAGUGUUUUUCAGCUGUGCCAAGUCGAAUCUGAAGAAAUGCUCGCUGGAAUUGGGUGGAAAAUCGCCAUUGAUCAUCUUCAAGGACGUGGACAUCAACACGGUCGCCAGGAAGACCUGUGACGCGGUAUUCUUCAACAAAGGAGAGAAUUGCAUAGCUGCUGGACGAAUCUUUAUUGAGGAAUCGAUUCAUGAUCAAUUGAUUGCGAGGAUUGUCGAGAUCGCCUCAAAAAUGGUUAUUGGUCCACCAUUGGACAGAAAGACAGAUCAUGGGCCACAAAAUCACCUGGCUCACUUGAAAUCACUUGAGAAGUUUGUUGAGAACGCGGUCAAGGAUGGUGCGAAGGUUGCGUUUGGUGGGAAGAGGUUGGAUCGCAAGGGGUUGUACUUUUAUCCGACUGUCCUUACUCAUAUUGAUGAUAACAACUUUGCGGCUGAUGAAGAGUCGUUCGGCCCGAUUAUGUGUGUCUCUACCUUCAAGUAGGUUGAUUUUUCUUGUUUUUGUUUUGGCUUUUAGGGCAUUAAGAGGUCUUGAAAACAGAUUGACCAAAAAUUUUGGGUGUCAAAGAAAAAUUGGAAAAUCAAGGAUAAUUUAUGCCUAAAAUCUUUGCCGAAUCUCCUAAGAUAGUGUGUCAUUGUAUGGUCUCACUGUUUGCUAUCUAAUUUUACUGAGAUUUAGCGAUUUUUUAAAGAUAUGACCCGAUAUUACACUAGGUAUUGAUAUUAAAAUAAUUUUUUUCUCUUCAGAGAUGUGGAUGAAGUCAUUGAAAGAGCCAACCGCACCGAAUACGGACUUGCCGGUGGUGUAUUUUCGAAAGAUACGAACUUGGCAUUGCGCGUCGCCCGGAGGAUUAAAGCCGGAACAAUUUUUGUAAAUACCUAUCAAAAAACGGACGUGGCCGCUCCAUUCGGAGGCUUCAAACAAAGCGGAUUUGGCAAGGAUAUGGGAGAAGAGGCGCUAAGCGAAUAUCUCCAGACCAAAACCGUCACCAUGGAGUAUUAG